AUGAAAAAAAUAUUUAAUAAAGAAACUAAUGAAAAAGUUAAAAUAAAUGAAAACAAAAUAAAAGAUCCAAUUAUUCCAAAUAAUACACUUUAUAAUAUUCUAAGAGGUGUUAUUUGUUUUUUAACUUUGCUUGUAUCAUUAGCAUAUUUAAUUUUUGGUUGUUCUUAUACUUUGAAAUAUAAGACUUUUAUAUUUGAAAAUAAUAACUCGGAAAUAAUCGAAGGAACACUAAAAGGCUUAAAUGGAGAAUUUAUAAUUUGGCAUGCAGUUACUCCAAUAAGUUUAGUAAGUCGUAAUGUAUCUAUAUUAUGUUUUAUAUCAUUUAUUACUAUUGGGGUAUACUUACUAAUUUUUGCAAUGUGUACAGCUUGCAAAAAGUAUAAAUUUAUUCAACCUUGGUACUUCGUUGUAAUGGGGAUAUUUACUUUUAUUGGUGGUAUAAUAUCAAUAUUUAUAUCAAGUAAAUUCUAUUCAGUAAGAAUUAUGACAAUGUUACCAGAUUGUCCAAUACAAUCUGUGGUAUCAUAUGAUUGCUCUAAUGCCUUAGCAAAUGAUGAAAUAUUUGCAUAUGAUCUAUGCAAAGCCGUGGAAUUUUUCUGUGUAUCUGAAAGUGCUUCAAUGUAUCGUUUUUAUAUUCAAAGUAUUGUCAUUGCAACUUUAUCAUUUAUCUUAUGCUUCUUGGCUUUUGUUUAUAGCAUAAUUUUACACAAACUAAAAAUUAAAUAUUUAAAGGAAUCAUCCAAAAUAAAUGAAAACAAAGUAUGUAAAUCUAAUGAGGAUAUUGAAAUGUCCAAUAUUAACCUCAACUCAAUUUGCAUCCAUGAACCCAGAAAACUACCUUCAGCAAUUGUACCUUAUGGAUUUUUCAAUAGUUCAGGAGUUGUGUCACCUUCUGGAAUAAUUACACUCCCUAAUUCUCCAGCUAGUGGUCCUACAAUUUGUAUGUCACCAAUGUCAAUGAAUCAUGGAUCUCAGUCUAAAUUUAUUAAUAUACCUGCUGGGAUUGUUGUAACUACAACUACUAGUUGUAAAGGUGCUUCUAUGAAUAGUUCUAAUCCAUUUAAAUCUCAUAAAUUUGUACAUGAUUCAAACAUAAAUAUAACCCCAACUCCUUUAUUAUCUAAUAAUACAGGAGGUGCAAUCCAGAAUUCUAAUUGUAUGCAAGAACAUCAAAUACAAAAUAAUACUAUUAGUCCAACUCAUCCAACUAAUAUGCAAUGUGAUCAUUGUCAAAAUUCAAAUAAUUUACAUAAUCAUUCUUGGAAUCAUUACUAUUAA